UGUGCGGCACUAGCAGUUCAUCGAGCUAAUGCGAGCUAGGUGUCUUGCUGUUAAUACCGUCGUUUGUUUAAGAAGAAAAGUCUGUUUGGCCUGGAAAGUUGAUUGCAACUUCAUAGGCAUUGCAAAGUCUAUAUGGUCACUAUAAAUGGACAGUGAUAGUGACAUGUCUGGAUGUGGAUGGGAAUCAUUUGCUAAAAGAUAACUGCAAUUACAAGUCAUUCCUCAGCAGUUUCCUGGAUUGGUGAAACUGUCUCCACAUAUUCCGUCAUGUCAUUACCAAAGGAGUCAGGAAACCGAGGAAAAGAUCGAGAGAGGGGCGCUCGUCCCAAGGUGAGACAGAGCCGGUCAGAGGAGAGACGAGAUGCAGGCAGUGGAAGGAAAGGUGGAAAGGGGAAGAAAAAAGGCAUUUCUUCCCAAGAAGCUCCAGCUGAGCGGCCUGUCAGUGAUGGCUUUGAGUAUGGUGAGCUGUUGAGUGAACUGGAGACCAGGGACCAAUCUUCCUCUUCCCCCCUAAGAGAUAGUUGGAGGUGGCAGGGCUUUGAAGUAGCUGCCUCAUUACUAGGACAGGAACGAGUAACAGCAAGACCAAGUCUGGGAGCAACUGGCUCUGCUGCAGAGUUACCUACAUCUAGUGAAGGUGAGGGGAGAGGGUCAAGCAGCAGUCGCACUCUCAGGCAAAAAAUCCAAGAUGCAAUGGGACAGUGUUUCCCAAUAAAGACACACACUGCAGCGGCACCAGCUCCACCGCCGCAGGCUCUUUCAUCAUCAACUGCCUGUGCCUCCUCGAGGCGCAAGAUCCAUCUCAGUGAGUUGAUGUUGGAUGACUGUCCUUUCCCUGUAGGAUCAGAGCUGGCUCAGAAGUGGUAUCUCAUUAAACAACACACGGCCCCCAUUACCCAGCCUCCCCUGUUAGAUUCUGCAGUAGUGUGCACUGCCCCGACUUCAGCCAUGGCAGCUGUGGUGGAGGAUGUGGAUGACAGAUUACGCGAGCGCAGGCGCAUCAGCAUUGAACAAGGUGUUGAGCCACCUCCAAAUGCAGAGAUCCACACAUUUGAAGUGACAGCCCAAAUUAACCCUCUCUACAAGCACGGCCCGAAGCUGGCUCAUGGCAUGAAUGACUUAGCUGAGACUGACAGAGCCUCGGUCCAUCAGCAGCAGCAGCUUCUUCUCCAAAGACAGCAACAACACCAACUGCUCCUACAGAGCUGUUUGGACACUCUGGAUGAGGUGGCAGCCUCAGCAUCAGCCUCCGUCCACACCUGUGAGGCUGUCUCAGACGAUUUGGUUGACCCAGACAUAACAGCAACCAGCAUGACCUCUAGAGCAAUUCUUCCUCAGACUGAGCAUCAUAAAUCUCACGAUAGCUACCGCAUUCACACUCAGAUUGAUUACAUUCACUGUUUAGUCCCAGACCUGCUGCAGAUCACUAACCUCCCGUGUUACUGGGGGGUCAUGGACCGCUACGAGGCAGAGACGCUGCUGGAGGGAAAGCCUGAAGGCACCUUCCUCCUGCGGGACUCUGCCCAGGAAGACUACCUCUUCUCAGUUAGCUUCCGCCGCUAUGGCCGCUCACUACAUGCACGUAUAGAACAGUGGAAUCACAACUUUAGCUUUGAUGUUCAUGACCCCAGUGUCUUCCAUGCUCCCACAGUUACAGGGCUGCUAGAGCACUACAAGGAUCCCAACUCCUGCAUGUUCUUCGAGCCCCUCCUGUCCAACCCCAUACACCGCACACAGCCCUUCAGCUUGCAGCACAUCUGUCGAGCAGUCAUUAGCAGCUGCACCACCUAUGAUGGCAUUAAUAUGCUUCCCAUUCCAAAUGCUUUAAAAAAGCACUUGAAAGAAUACCACUAUAAACAGAGAGUACGUGUACGGCGAAUGGAUACCUGGUGGGAAUGAAAAAACAAAACACUGACUUAAAGAAACUACCAAAUACAUUUUUAAUGAAAGUCUCUCUAAACCGAAUUAAGCAGUGAUUCUUGUUCUUCACUCCGUUUGGCUGUAUUAACCUACACCACACUGUACUUAUUUAUUAUAUUCCUGCUGUACAGGCCAUAACAAAUUGUACUAAACAACACUGACAAGGCAAUAUGUAAUCUCACAGAUCUUGCACACUCAGAGUUCUUUAUCCUUAAAUUAAACAGACUUAUUUAGAUGUGUGUUGUUCACAGCUAUCCUCACAUAUCAUCUGUGUUUUCAAGUGUGACUAAAUCAGCUUAAUUAUCUAAUGAUGGGGGGGAGAAUCCUAGAGUGAAAGGAGAUGAUUAUAAUCAAGUUGUUCAUCAGUCACGUGCUGAGAAGGUGAAACACGCACUGACAAGGUUUCUUUCUUGUAAGUGAAGUGUUGAAGUACAGCACGUCUGUGGUAUUAAUCAUCAUUUCCUACGUAGCCCAGGGCUGAUCAUAAGGGAUGAGAGUUAGGUGCAUAUGCUACGUGGUCUUAUUAAAAGUGCAAAGGCUUGUCACUCACUGGAGUUAUAAUAACACGCUCACAUUAGUUUUUAAUUGCAGAGUAACGGAACACCCUGAACACCUUGGUUUUGGUAACAUCCAGUGGUAUAACGCCUCUCUUUUAAUGCAGUCAUGAAGAAGUAUAUUAUCACUGGUGGAUGUGGCUGCUGGUGCUUCACGUGGUGAUACACUGUAAACCUUUUCUUUAACAGUGUGAUUUCCUGCAUUAAUUUUAAACGCGCAUGUCUUCCAUUCAGAUUCUAAACCUUUCAGCUUCAAUCCUAAGCUGUUGGUAUUCCCGUGAAGUUAGAUUGCUGCAGCCAGUGCCAGCAGUCUUCAUUAGUUAGGAUUACAUGUGGCUUCCACGAACCUGUCAGCCGCAUUGUAAAUUAUGAAGAAUGUAAAUUAUAAAGCCCUGUGGUUUAUUUAACUUGUUUUGCUCAAACUCUUGACUUUUGUGCAUUUCAAUAAGUCCAGAAGUUGAAUCUGUUUUAUGUCCUUUUUUUUUUUUUUUUCCCUCUAUGCAUUUAAGUGAUGUGAAGGGGAAAAAAAUCGAUCUUGUUGCUAUACUUCCUGCUGGGUGUAUUUGAAAGAGGUAGGGUGUCUCUACACUAAUCUUCCAUUCCAGCAGUUCAAUGACAAAAUUACCAUAAUGAAGUAGCACUGGUGAAUCUUAAUUAACAGGAAGAAUGAUGGGAGACGGCAUGAAUUUCAGCUUUUUUCUGGGGCUUGACAUGAAGUUAGUUACAAAGACAAAAAUUAGUACCCUCUGAAAGCUCUGCAUAGAGAAAUCAGUUCUAAACCAAAAUCCUUAAGGCACUGAAAAAGGGAACAGCUUCAAGUAUAUGAAUCUACCUGUUAGGGAAGAGUGUGGUCAUAAAAGCUAUAGUGUAAUAAAUAUGUAAUACACCUGUGAUGAAUGCUCAGUAACACUGAAAUUUAAACAUAAAAAUACAUCAUCUAAAAAUGUACUGUCUUACAGUAGACUGCAAAUUCUUGCUUUAUAUGUGCUGAGUUGAAUAUACAAUCCAUAAUAUCUAUUUUAUUAAUAUUACCAGACUAAAAUAAACACAUUUAUGUAUAAUUCUCUCUUGACUCUGCAUAUGAGCACUGCAAAUAUCUUAAAUGGUGUGUUUAAACAUCUGCAUAUUUAAAAUUACAAAUAAAAUUGUUAUAUAUACCACAAAUUAUCAUAGCAACACAGAUUGAAGCAUUUCAUACAGGUCAGACUUACAUUAUCAGCAACAUAUCUAUGACUUAUUCAGAGAUUAAUUUCAGAUUUUACCUCUACAGGGAAUCAUUCACUGCUAUGUGUGAACAGCAGUUUGUAUUAAUGAAUACACAGAAGAGACACCCCCAUUGGUAAUUACUGUGUGCACUAAGUAAUAGUUACAAAAGCCAACCAUCCCAGUGUUAAUGGGAAACCAUGGUGAACGGGACCUAGUUCGUCCUCUGAGCCACUGUUGAUGUUUUCUCCUUGAGAUGGCUGAUUUGACAUGCAGAAUGUAAAUCAUCCAUGACAAGCACUCAUCCAAUAAUGAGGCUGCUAUUAUUUAAGCAGCAGUUCCAAUGCACCAUUAAAGUCUGCAUUCAAAAUGC